AUGGCCAUCGUCGACAGCGGCUAUAGCUUUGUUGUCGUAGAUGUUGGUGCUUAUGGAAAGCAAAGCGAUGGGGGAGUCCUCAAACAGUCGGUUUUCGGGAAGCUGCUGGAACAGGGGCGCCUCGGGCUGCCAAGCGAUCAGCUGCUACCCAAGACCAAGCUGCCUGCUCCAUGCGUCUUCGUCGGGGACGAAGCGUUUCAGCUGAGGCCCGAUUUCCUCAGGCCUUACCCUGGGCGCGGUCUCGAGGAUGACGAACGGAUCUUCAACUACCGCCUGAGCCGAGCAAGAAGAUGCGCCGAAAAUGCCUUCGGUAUCCUGGUGACGCGAUGGAGGAUCCUGGAGAGGAAGCUGGGGGAACAGCCGCAACAGGCCGAAGAGCUGGUGAAGGCACUUUGUGUGCUCCACAAUUUCCUGAUGGCCCAGAACAAAGGCAAUGAAAAUGCCUACUGUGGUCCUGGCUACGCGGAUUCCAUGAAUGGGGUUGGGGGAAGACAAGGCGGACAGUGGCGCCAAGACAUCAGCCAGUUGCCCCUCCAGCUUGCUCGGACUCUUGCAAGGAACUUUGCUCAUGUGGCUCGAGGUGUCAGGGACCUCUACAAGGACUACUUCAGUAGUUCUGCUGGCAAGGUCUCAUGGCAGCAGGCAGUCCUGCAGCGCUAA